AUGUCAGCUAACACGACGAACACGACAAGCACGACGGCGCCGGCGGUAUCGUCGGCGUCCGCGGCGGCGCCCCAACCGUCGCUGAGCAUCAACUACACCGUCCCCAACUCGGAGUACGGCCGGCAGUGCGCCCACAACGUGGUGACUUACGCUGGCACGUUUCCCCCCUUCGAGGUAUCGAUCAUGGACCACAACACGUCGAUCAAGACGUGGGGCGAUCUCCGCAGCCAGCGCGGCACGCUGCAGUACACGUCGCCGAAGAAAGGCGGGAUAUACUACCUUGUCCUCAAGGACAGCCGCAACGCGACGGCGACAAGCAGGCCGCCGCUGUACGUCAUCGAGGGGGGCAACUGCGGCUCGGGCCCAGACAAGGGGGUGCUCGCGGGCGCCAUCUCGGGCGCCAUCGUCGGCGCGCUCUUCGUCGCGGCCGUGCUGUACCUCGGCUGGAAUAGGCUCCAGAAGCGCAAGGCGGAGCACGACCUCGCUGCGCGGCAGGCGCGCGCCACGGCCGACCUGCGCGCCGGGCUGGCGGCACAGGCGCUCCGGCCUAAUCCGGGGCGCGAGGAGGCCGGCGUGGUGAGAGUGCAGGAGGAGGGGGAGGACGUCGCGCCUGCUUAUGACGAGGAGGGGAAGCCGCCACUGUACCAGGAGGAAGGGGACGGGGGGCCAGGGGAAGGCGAACACACACCGAUAUCGACACCUGUGCCAACAACGUACCCGCCCCGACGGCCGCAGUGA